AUGGCAAGAUCAGGUCACUCCACUCAGUUGACUUCUGGAAGACAUAGGGCACAUCAACCUCAGACACAGAAGCUCAUGGAAAAUGAAAUUUUGGAGUUGAAGAACUACCUUCCUGAGUGGACUUCAGCAAAAAGGAAAGAGAAGCAAGCAGUUUUCACUGCCAUAGCUAGGGCUGCCAGGCUAUUUGCUCCUAAGGUCAACCAAGCACAAUGGAAGAAGAGGAAGCAGAUAUACAAGACUUGGUUGUUCAACAACAGGAAAAAGAAGGAAAGGAAGGACAUGAUAAAGUAUGGGAGGAAAUGGACACCUAGGAUGGUGAUCUACCAGUGGAACCAGGAAGAGGUGCUAAAGAGGAUCGAGGAUGAGUCUGGGGCAAAGCCAGGAGGUCCCAGUAUGUUCAAGCAUUAUCAGGCAGCUGUGAAGAGAGUCAUGGCUGAAUUGUCUGAUGAUGAGUUGGAGAAGGCAAAGGAAACAGCCGAAAAAUGA